CACGUCACUAAGCUUAAUUUCUUUUUAAAGUUUUUAAUUCUUCAAAAUUUCCAGUUCCAGUGAAAUUUCACAAGCCAAUGUUAUGGUCAUGUCUGUGGCUUUAAUCACUCCUGUCUUCUUAUUAUGCCUCUUUACAUUGGUGAAGAUGGCCCUAGUUUAUUCCUUAAAGACGACAAUGAUGCAGAAUUUGGGCAAGGGUUCGACGUCAGCAUUCAUGAAGUUCCUUACAUAGGCACACUGAGGUAUUACUCAAAGGAGAUUGAGGAACUGGGCAGUGGCAUGUUUUGCAUGGCUAUUCCUAUUAAAAAUCGUGUGCUUCUCUCAGCGGCUCAUUGUGUAUUUAAUAAGAAUCACAACGACGUUGUGGUUAUUUUGGGAAGCUCCAGCCUUACGAUCCGAAGUCCAACAACGAGGAUGCUGAGUGUCUCAUAUUGGCAUUGGCAUCCACUGUAUAAAAUGCUGCAGCCGCCCUACGAUAUUGCAGUGGUCUUCACAUACGACGAUAUAGAGCCCAUUGCAGGCGCUAUUCAAUAUGCACCCCUCAAUUUGCAGGAGGUGCCCAAGGGUACCAAAUGUCUAAUAUCCAGCUGGACUCGACUUGCUGACGGUAAGCAAAAACGUUCAAACACUAUGCAAGCGAUAUGGGUAUCGACCCUGGACAGAAAAUUCUGUUUUCUGACAAUUGACGCACCCGGCUAUAUGUGCAGCAAAUCGGAGGUCUCCAAUGUCGGAGUCAACACAGGUGACUUAGGUGCACCCGUGGUGUGCAACGAUAAACUGUCGGGAAUCACCUGCUUCAUAAUACCCACGCGCGGCAUAACCUUUAACACAGCUAUAAAUGUGUAUGCCAAGUGGAUAAGAGCAAGCGUUUACCUCUACUUCAAAGGAUCUCCACCAACAGUAAUACCAACAGCAUCGACAACAGCCACACGAAGAUCGGUGCUUGCUACGCCAAAUUCAGUGCCACUUCGGUCCAUCUGUAACCAGUGGAUAGUUCUUUCGGUCAUCAGCAUUCAUGUGAUAUUUAUGAUUCCUACAUUUGAUUUCGAUUUUAACUUGUAG